AUGUCUGGCCGAGCACCAGCAGCCGGAGUUCCUUCCCUGGAGCGCGUGCGCUUUCCAGUACUCGUUGGAGCGUUACUCAUAACGGUGGCGUUGUGUGCAGUGACAGCGGCGCUGGCACAGGCCCUGUUCUCUAUCGAUGUGGUUUAUUUGGAAGCGCUAAGCAAGGACACGCGGAGUGCAUACCAACAGCAAGCACUGACGCUGCUUCCACUGCGGAGGCGCGGAAACUUGUUGCUCGUGACGCUCGUCCUGAUCAGUACGGGUGCCCAGGAGCUUACCGCCCUGCUCGCAGAUGCGCUGCUAUCGGGCGGUACGGGCAUGUCGCUGGUCCUGUCGACCGCGCUGGUGUUUGUCUUCGGCAACAUGCUCCCUGUUGUGUACGCGCUGCAACCAGCGUAUGGUUUGCGCCUAGCAGCCGCUUGUGCCCGAGUCAUGCGUAUCGUGCUGGUUGUCUUUUACCCGAUAACCUUCCCGCUGGCCUGGAUUCUCGACAAGACCGUGGGCAAGAGUGUGCUAGGCGUGCGAGCAAUGAACCGGAACGAGUUGAGCUCGCUUCUCCAGUUCAUGGAUGAACACCACGUCGGCGACCUCGGCCGCGAGGAGUCGGCAAUGUUGCAGGCGACCCUGAUGCUGCGCGAACGUACCGCAGGGGACGUCAUGACUGCUGCUGAUGAUGUGUACAUGCUCUCCCUGGAUCAGGUGCUGGACAGUAGGCUUGCCCUCGAAUUGGUCCACAAGGGGCAUUCUCGGGUGCCGCUCUACGACGGUGCCCGCGAUAAUAUCGUUGCUUACCUGCUGGUGAAAGGUCUUAUUGCGUACUCGCCGAGCGAGCGCCUUACCGUGCGCGAUAUCAUGUUGCGCUACGCGGAUCGCUGUGUGAUCGCUACGGCACCGUUGGAGGUCUCGAGAAGCACCAGCCUGGAGGUGCUGCUGGCAGAGUUUCAGCGCGGGCACAGUCAUAUGGCUAUUGUUUAUGAGCGCCCACAGAGUAAGCGACCCAAGGAGCGCCACUUUUUAGGCAUCGUCACCUUGGAAGAUAUCAUUGAAGAUUUGCUGAAGCAGGAGAUUGUGGACGAAUCCGAUGUUUACUAUGAUAUGCAGAGCAAACAGCCCGUCACACGUGCACAUGCCGAGCGCUUCCUGUCCGCCAGCAGCGGUACUGUGGCCGGGUAUGGCACCUCCCGGAGCUGCGAAGCGUCUGCAGCUCGACCUGCGGAGGCGGUCGCCACCAGAGCAGGCGGCGGUGCCCCAGCGCCAAUCGCAACCAGUGACAUAACCCUUCCGCGUCGCUCAAUCGACCUAGCGCGCUCGGCGACGACCUCGAUGCUGCUCUCGAGCAGCUACGGUGCGCACGGCGCUCCCGACACGUUGAGUAGUCGCGCGGUGCUGGGUAUGCGAAUGCCGUUAUCGCGGCUGCGCGGCGCGGGCUACAUCUCCAUUCGGGAGGUUGACCUGAAAAAGCUAGCGCUGCGCGGUCGUCGCAAAGACACCAGCGAAACCGUACCGCGAAGGCCUAAAAAGUCGACGGAUGCCCCGGGCAGUGCUGCGCGGGCGGCAUCGGCCGACGGCACCGACGGCCCUUCGUUGCUGCCCACAGCAGCGCAAGAUCGCAGGGAUUCGACCGCGUCGCUGCAUUCGCAGCCCGGCGUAUCGUUGUUGGACAAUCAGCGGAUGUCGCUCGACGGAACCGAUGACACGGGAAACGGGUCGUCGUCGGCUAUCGCAGGUCGAACAGCUCCGCUACCGUCAUCGGCCUCGACGAGUUACGAUUCGUUGGCAGCCUCUGCAAUCCCGCCGAGUGGAUCCUCGUAUGGAGAUCCAGUGGUGCAGGGUGCCGGUGAUCUGGUUAUUUCGGGUCCUGAUGCCCCAAGGCGAGCCGAAAUCGGCGCAAGCAGCCACUAUAGUGAUCCUGAAGACGAAGCCGACGAUGAAAUUGACGAAGGCUACGACGACGCCUUGUCCAUUCGUCGGAGUCGUUCCGCAUACUGCAUUCAAAUGACAGAUGUGACUCGGUCGGGCUUGGCGGACCUCGAGGCUGCCGCACCCGGCACAGCAGCGGAGCAGCAGCAGCAGCAGCAGCAAGAACGAGAACAACAGGUGGCGCCCAGCACGAUGUGUGCGGCUAGUUCCAGGUUUCGCACACGCUUCUGGCCGAUCAGGGGCCACAGCAGCGACGAUGCCUUGUCAACAGAGCGCUCCCACGCUAGCCCAGAUGAGACGGGCGCAUGCGCAGCAGGGCAGUCUACGGCCCGGUCGACAGAGCGCACGUUGCUGCGGCGCCUGCUGCUUGCCGCCCGCUUGCCCCGACCUGGACCCAUGGAGUAA